AGUCUAUACUACUUGACAAUCAUGGCGAGCACGUCGAGGAUUGAGGCGAAUAAGGUGGUGUGCUAUGCGCACCCAGACGCUCCGCUUAUCGAGGACUACCGCGCCGGGGACAUGAUCUGCUCCGAAUGCGGCCUGGUGGUCGGCGACAGAGUCAUAGAUGUGGGUUCAGAAUGGCGUACAUUCAGCAAUGAAAAGUCUGGAGUGGACCCUUCUCGUGUUGGUGGUCCGGAGAACCCAUUGCUAUCAGGUGGAGACUUGUCUACCAUCAUUGGACCAGGGCGAGGAGAUGCAUCAUUUGACAGUUUCGGAGUAUCAAAGUAUCAGAACCGGCGGAACAUCAGCAGUACAGACCGAGCAUUGAUAAAUGCUUUCCGAGAAAUAAAUACUAUGGCCGACCGCAUCAACUUACCUAAAACCAUUGUGGACAGAGCUAACAAUUUAUUUAAACAGGUCCACGACGGCAAGAACCUGAAAGGCAGGGCGAACGACGCCAUAGCCUCGGCGUGUCUAUACAUCGCUUGCAGACAGGAGGGUGUUCCACGUACCUUCAAGGAAAUCUGCGCUGUCAGCAAAAUCAGCAAGAAAGAAAUCGGACGGUGCUUCAAACUGAUUCUCAAAGCUUUGGAGACAUCAGUGGACCUUAUCACAACAGCAGAUUUUAUGUCUCGGUUCUGCUCGAACCUGGGACUUCCGAAUUCGGUGCAGAGGGCGGCGACACAUAUUGCCAGGAAAGCCGGGGAGUUGGACAUUGUGUCCGGGCGCAGCCCUAUCUCAGUGGCCGCUGCGGCAAUCUACAUGGCUUCACAGGCGUCGGAAGACAAACGUAGCCAGAAAGAGAUAGGCGACAUCGCCGGCGUGGCCGACGUGACCAUCAGACAGUCAUACAAGCUCAUGUACCCAUUCGCCGCGAAACUGUUCCCAGAAGACUUCAAGUUCGCCACACCCAUCGAAUUCCUCCCGCAAAUGUAGGUUAUAAAUGUUUACUGUUUAUUUUAGGUUAUUAGGCUCUAUGUGUGGUUAAAAAUUGGGUUCCGUAUUUUGCUAGUACUCAAUCUCUAUGCCAAUUGCCAAGUAAAUACUAGGACAUCUGAAAAAGUACUUACUUUAAGGCCGUUUUCGCACUACACUGAUUCUUAUCUGAGCUGAGUCCGUCAAGCGACGGAUCCGGAGAGGCUGUAGAACUGUUUGUAUGUAGCUUGCGCUCUACAUUACUGUUGCCAAUACGACUGUUGACCUUGAAAAUCAUAGACCAUGGUACAAUAUACACGGUACAUGGUAGGUAUGCUCAAACAUAUGAAAAGCCGCCAUUGCUAGCCGUUUGAUGACGUGUUACCAUUAAAUUGGUAUCUCCAACAUUCCAAAGGCUUAAAUUGUAUUAUUAAAAAUUAAGCGAAUUACUGACUAGUCUACUUAAUUACUAUCACUUGUCACAUAUUUAAAAAUCAUUAAAACUGUAAGUAAUAAUUUUACUACAAUAUCAAAAUUGCCUUGCAAAGUAAAUGUAAAAAAACAUUUUAGUCGCGUGGAUACUUUAUUUGUUACAAAAAUGGCAACGGAGGGUGAGAUGAAGUCGGCGCGGCUAACCUUGAAAUGUUAACUGACACUUUUAAGCACACCUACCUAGUUUUAUUAUACCAUGAUCUAGACUAUCGAUAUAUUGUAUCGAUAUAGUAUUGCUAUCGAUACUAUUGUUUGUUUUUAAACUAUCGAUAGUGGUUUAUCGAUAGGAGUACUCUACAUUUAUCCAAUAUCUCGUAGUAAUUUUCUACUCUCCGUCAUUUUCGGACUUCGAUCGGACAAGAAUCGGAGUAGUACUAAAACUGUCUAACAGUGCUUUUUCUCAUAGAUCUAGAUUAGUUUGACAGUUUCAUAGCUAGUACUGUCUCUUUCUCGUACUCCAGGUAAAUAAAGGACAGAUCUACUUUUAAAACUGUCAAUCUAAAAUAAACAUUGGUGCUGAUUCGGGCAACCAACAACUUAAUUUUAUUAUUAAUACCACAGGACUAAAACUAUCUCUAUCUCUUUUGUGCACUUAUUGUAAGUGAAGGACGGCACUAGUUUUAGAACUGUCAAUUGGCACCAAUGUUUUACCUUGGGCUGUUAUGGGCAAAAUUUUUAAAGACGUGUAAGGCCUAUUUAUGUAGUUCAUAAGAAAUUGAGCUUCGAUAUGAGAGACUGUAUGCUUCCUAUGGGUUUUUGUUAGGCGAUAAUUUGUUUACCACAAAUUCUGAUUCUAUGUGCCUAAGGUAAUUUUACUUAACUGCGCCUUAUUACUGCUGAAAACAUUCCCAAAGUGGGAACACUCAUGGGAAAUUCACAUCACUGAACACACUUAUGUAGAAGAAACUGGAUUUUAUCUUACUUACAUUCGAGGACGGACCUCACUACUCCUAGAGGCAAGGAUUGGAUUCAAGGGAUGAAAAUACAAAAAACAAAACAUAAUCAAAAAAGAAAACAUUGCGUGGCUUGGCUACAAGGCGUGAGCAGAAUUGGAUGACGUGGGGAAAACAAUCGACUUACACCAUUGUUCUGAAAAAAUCUGUUAAAAGAAACAAAAUUUCACACGAACAAUGUGUUAUCCAAGAUAACCUAAUGGUGCCGAAACUCAACUUUAGUUUUGUUUGACAUUUGUAAAAAUAUCUUCAUCUUUUUCUUGCACUUAUCGUUAGAGAAGGAUAUCAAUGAUUUUUUGACACUGACAAAUUUAGUAAAGAUUAAAACUGUCUGACAUAAUAGGCUAGUUUUUAACGAGACAAAUCAGUUACUUUUUACUAAACAUGAAAUUACUAUGGAAUUUGUAUGAAAAAGCAACCUGUGACGUCAUAGAAAACGUGACAAAAUGUAGCACUUAUUAUUACAUUUUUCUUUAUUAAAAAUCAUAAAUAAGUUAAAUAGAAAAAAAGGAAAAGUUUUUUGUCACCUUUAGAUCUGUCUUUAUUUGGUAAACAGAAUUUCAUAAUUUAUCUUUGAGGUAACUACCUAAUUGGCACCAAUAUGAAAUUUUUGUCCACUUGAAUCGGCACUUGUAUUUGUAUCAACAGUUAUUUUAUAUUUCACUGAUCAUAAGUACUCUUAGACCGAAGUUUAGACCAAUCUAGAAAGAUAAAUAAACUGUUGAUAAAUAAAAUAUAUAACCAAAUGUAAUAAUUGUAACAUUUUUCUAUUUGUUUUGUCUAUUUGUGGCAUUAUUUCUUAACGCCAAGGUUUCCAGAGAUAAUAGUUAAUCGAUGGGGUUUGGAUACGUCCCACUGCUGGGGACGUUCCUCCCUUCAAUCAACUGGGGGGUAGGUAUGGGGCAUACUCCACGCUGCUCCACUGCAGUGCCGUGUUUAUCAAAACUUACAAGUCUACACGUUCACAAGCUACAAGUUACAAGUACGUGUAAAUUACGUUUAUCAAAAAAAGUAGAGGGAUUGUAAAAUCUACUCGUGCAAUAAAUAUUGACACUUGUAACAUGUAAUUAACAUGUGUAGUUUUGAUAAUUUUAAUAAUGAAAUUUUUUAUAAGAAAUUUUCUUGUAAUACAGGGCUUGUAAGUUUUGAUAAACAGGGUACAGAUAUAUAUGUAACAAAAAUAAUUAUAGUUAAAUCGGUGUGGUCUCCUUAGACAAGACAGUGCUAUAAUAUUCGAGUUUUAAUAGUAAAUGACAUAGAGUAGAUAUUAGCUUGACUUUACUGACUAAUGUUAUGUGAUGGAUUAUGGUGCAGGAACUCGAUAUUUUCGUGAAUACAGUUACAAAAAGACAAAAAUUCACGCCCGUAACCCCCAAUAAGGUGGGCAGAGCACACAUAAUCAGAACACAACUUGCACUCACUUGAUUCGAAGUUCUAGAAUGGAUGUGAUGAAUUGUAUGACAGGUGAUCAGCCCGUCGCCCAUUAUGAUGGCCCAUUAUCACACCCCGGACACUCCAUACAAAAAUCUCAUUCUUACUGUGUGCCGCUUUACCACGUAAGUGCGAGUGAGAUAGACAGUCCGUGCGCGCGCAUCCGCUUACUCCUUAGCUUACGGCGGUCAUUUGGACUAAAGUAAAAGUCAAAAGGGGUGAGAUUGGCGACCGGUACUUGUAUUUGUGGGGGGCGGAGGGUCACCGUUCUAUACGUGGUAUAUAUUUUUAUUCUAUGCCAUCGAGGAUAUAAGCUGGGGGCACGGUAGUUCCGCCAAGACGAGCAAAGCGAAGCGCAAGGGCAGGACUACCUAUCUUUUCUCCAAACCUACCUACCUACGAACUCGGGUUUGGAUUACACCAGAUAAACCAAAUUCUCAGGAUAUAUUGUCAGCUGUACACUUAUUAAAUAUGUGAAGUUUCAAGUGCAUAGCUAUUAUACUACAUCAUGAGAAGGUCAUAAUUCCUCUGUCGGUUUUGUGACAAGCCUGAUAGUAAUCGGUACAAACGAGUAGUUUGUAGGAAAUAUCGAUUUCGUGCAUUGCUUGUGUUUUAAUGUUAAUUUUACAAGGUGACAGUGUGUAUUAUAGUUUUGUUAGCAUGAUUUUGCAUAUUUUCUUUAACCAGCCGAAACAUUGAGGCAUAAAGAAACAAAAAUAUUCACUUAUUUCAAUUCUAAUUCGCAUCAGCUUUUGUUAAAAAUAUUUACCUAUUUAUUUUACAUUUAGUUUUAGGGCAUACACUGGUUCUUAGCCAUACAACGACUUUCAUACAAAUUCAUGUUUACUUUUAAAUGUGUAUAAAAUAGAAAUCGGGUAUGAUCUUACCACUUAUUUGGUUUACGACAUUGACCUCGUAUAUAAACAAAUAGACUACCAAUCCCUGUAAGGUGUCCGCUGCGUAACUUGUCACUAAACGAAGGCGUGUCAAGAUCGAAUUUAGUCCCAAUGGGUGUAAUGAAGACACUGUACGGUUGUAGAUAUUGCUCUUUAUUGUAACAACCAUAACAUCUUGAUUUGAGGGAAUGAACUUAUACUAUAUUAUUUAAUGUGUACGUAUUUACAAAACGGUUGGAACGCCUUUUUUUAGAAAAGAUCAUUAGCGAAUGUGAGUUUAUUUGUUUAUAGGAUGUCAGUCUAUGCUGUGGUCAUUGGACCUACCUCUGGGUUGAGCUUUAGACUCACGAUCCGGAGAUCCCGGGUUCGAAUCCCGGCGGGGACAAUUUACGUAAAUCACCUUUCCAUCCCUAGUUUGGUUAGGACAUUACCUCUGUUUCAACAAUCUGUUUACUCUGCAUCUUCUUUGGUAGUGACUAUUUAUGUCCAGCAUUAUUUAAGGUAGUCUAUUAAGCUAGAAUCAAUUUAGACCCAAGUUUCUUUAUUCAUUAUUUGCAUUUCUAAGGGACUGUGGUCCUGAUUCCAGGGGGGUUAAAAAGGCCACGUAGAAAAUCAAUAUGGCAAUUUGACAUUCGCGCAUAUAAAAGUAAGUGCGCAAUGCAAUCAAAUGUCAAAUAACAAUAUUGCUUUGAUAUGGCCUUUUUAUCUCUCCAUUAUACGCCAUCUUAAAUUUAUUUUAAGUUAUACCUGUCAUUUUCUCAUCCGCCGAAAACGAAAGGUAAAUCGACAGGCAUAAAAAUUAUGGAACACACGUCAAUUUUAUGCAGAAAAAAACACUUCCUAAAUUUUGAUAUUGGCCAAUAGCCGAGAUAACAGCAAGUUACAGUUGUCCAUCAUCCGUCCCUUUCCUUUUCGGCGGAUAAGAAAACGACGGGUAUAACUUAAAAUUAGGAGGUGACUGCAGGAAUCGGGGCCAAUAUAUUCAUACAGCCAUUUCAACAUAUAAAUAUGUGAUGAACGAGAUUUAAAGAGGACAAUAUAUUAUUUUAAAUUAAUAAUGUUAGUUUUUAUAAUAUAUUAUAAGCAAAUCAUUGUAAUACUUUUUCUGUUUAUGUACAUUCAACGGCGGUUAAAAGUUGACACGCACUGCUAAAGUCGAUUUUAUUUCUGUUACAUAAGACAACGGGUUAACGUUUGACUUGCAGUUGAUUGUACUAUAAAGUUGUAAGGGUUAGCGCUAAAUAUACGGAUAUUCGGUAGUUGAUAGGAGUGCUUAACUGUGUAUUAAGUACUCUGCAAAUGAUAAAUCGUGUUUGACAAAUUGUUUGAUCGUCUACGGGGCUCUUAUAUGUGCUGAAGUCUGAAAAAAAUCUACUUUUUUCGGUAGGCAAUGAAUACAGUACCAACUUAAAACAGUAAAUCAUUCGUAGAUACAAAUAGGAUCCAUUGUCCCUUUCUUGGCCUCCGUGGUCUAGUGGUAAGAGCGUUGGUCUGUCGAUCUGGAGGUCCCCGCUUCGAUUCCUGAUGGGGACAAAAAUCACUUUGUGAUCUUUAGUUUGGUUAGGACAUUGCAGGCUGAUCACUCAAGUGAUGCGUUCUUCGGAGGGCACGUUAAGCACUCGGUCCCGGCUACUAUUUACUUAAGUAGUUAUUACAUUUUACUUAAGUAGUUAUUACAUAAGCCAUAUCACUGGUCUUUGGCGGCUCAAGAGUAACCUGUCACGUGUCAGGGUGAUAACACCGGUCAUUGACCUCAAAACCUACACGAGAGAAGAAGACGAAUAAAACAUUUUGUAGAUGUCUUAAAAAGUACCGAAUUUUCGUAUAAUGAACGCUGAUCCUAAUCUAACCUAAUGUCGAACAGAAAAUUAACAAAAGGUGUAUUAUUUCUUGAUGUACAUUAUAAUGUAACUGUAUUAAGUAUAGUAAUAAAAUAACGCCACAAAAUAAAUGUAUGGUUAAGUGAAA